AUGUCGAAUCUCACGCCGGGACUGGGCGGCUCGCAGGGUGCAAAGCAUCCGUCACAGCCGCCAAAUGCGGGACGAAACGUGCGAACCCAGAUUAAUAAACAAACCACAGUGCGAAAUAUACAGGAACCAGCGUAUUCAGGUGCUAGAAGACAGCCUCUGCCGUCUAGUGCUGCAGGAGACCAUGAGUUUGGCAGCGAAAAAGAGCCGAAAAAGCUGUUGAACACGUAUAUUUACGAUUUUUUGUCAAAAUCGUCACUCACCGAAACUGCCAAGGCAUUUGCACAAGAAUCUAUCAUUGAGGAAAACGGUAAACGGCUCAAGCCAAAUAUUCCAUUCCAACCUCAGAAUGAUGCCCCACAGGGGUUUCUUUACGAAUGGUGGCAGAUUUUUUGGGACGUUUUCAACGCCAGAACCCAUAGAGGUGGUUCCGAAUUGGCUCAGCAAUAUUUUCAAUUGCAGUUCGAUUCAAGACGUCAGGAACACACGUAUAGAAACGUAGCGAUGCAUGCAGCGCGAAUGCAGCAGCAAGUUGAACAGCGAGGUGAGUAUCAAGGCGAGGUUUCGGAUCCGAUGAUGUUCGCGAUGAUGCUUUCUGGUAAUGCAUACAAUACUCCUGUGCCUCCUCCAGAACGUGAAGCGGCUGUUCGUGGUGGCUAUAUGGUACCUGGACCCGGUGUUCAAGGCCAUCCUGAUAGAAGUCACCUCCAGCAUUCCCGUAAACAUUCUCCAGGACUUGCUCAAGCUCAAGCACAUAGGGUCCAAGCUCAGCAGGUUCAAUCACAGCCGGCUCAAGCUCAACAAGUUCAAGCCCAGGCACAUGCUCACGCUCAAGCUCAAGCUCAAGUUCAAGCCCAGUCUCAGUCUCAAGUUCAGGCUCAGGCUCAGGCUCAAACUUCACAACUACAUCCUCGAUUCCAAAAUCAAACGCGUAACCUGCAACCUGGUCAGGUUCAAAAUCAGAGCCCUGUACAGGCCCGCCAAUCUGCACAAACCCUGAUCAAUUCACAACAAAUGAGGCAGCGUCUUGCUGUACGAACACAACAACAGCCACAACCACAUUCCAAACCACAGGGUCAGCACGAGAUGCAAACCCCGCAUCAUCGGCAAGAACAUUCACAAAUUCGACAGGACUUUCAACCUCAACUGCAUCUACAACAUACGCAAGACUUACCACAACCACACGUUCAGCAACCGCAGCAUCAACAACCAGCUUACGCUCCGCAGCUUCAACAACAGUUCCCUGUUCAACAGCAACAGCAGCAGCAGCAAAUGCAUGACCGGACACAGCAGGCUCAACCGCAAAUGCAAUCCUAUCCUCAAGAGCUGUUAGUAAAUGGUGGCAACCAUAUGGUGAUAAAUGGUGCCAAUGGACCGGUUUACGUAAAUCCACCAGGGGCACCCGUAAAGACAAACUAUUCGCCAGGGUAUAUGCAACAGCUCAUACCACCUCAGGUACAGGAACAGCAUAUCCAGCGGCAGCAUAUGCAGCAGUUCCGUCGUCACCAUCCUCAACAAGCUGCUGCUGCCCAUUCUGCUGCUCAACAACAGCAGCAGUUCCAGCAACAAGGAUCAUUAGCCGCUCAACAGCAUCAGCAGCAUCAGCAGCGUCAGCAGCGUCAGCAGGAACAGCAUCAGCAGGGUCAGCAGGAACAGCUACGUCAACAUCAGCAGAUGCAACAGCAGAUGCAGCAACAAAUGUUAAAUUCAAAGCAUUCGCCAGCUACGCAAAGCCCGCGUCAACGGCAGGCAAAACAGUCGCCAAGUCAACAAGCUGCACUGGCUGCACCUUCCUCAGCCGUUCCUGUCUCUAACAUAGGUACAAGGAAGCCCAAUACAAUUGCGGGCUCACCUGCGUCCGGCAGAGAAAUUACUCAAGACACGCAGUUUUCGAGCAUGGAAGGUUUAUACAAUUAUCAGAAACAGCUAUUGAUGUUAGAAAAGGAGAAUGAAAAAGCCAUUUCCAACAGGUCUACUGUUUCUACUCCAGGUUUUACAAUGAGUAAAGCUACGCCCGCAGCAAGUUUUGUUGGGGUUUCGCCACUAGCCUUGAACUCGAUGAAUAGUCCUGCCAGUCUAGGGCCUAGUACUACGACGAGAUCAAAGGAAUUUCAAAGGCGUAAAUCGGCCACAGUGCAAAAUGCGAGCCCGUUUUUCAGCAUGGCCAAAAAGAAUAUUUCCGAGCCCGUUACCCCGAUAGGACCUAUGACGCCUGCCAGCAGUAAUCUUGCAAAGCAUGUACCACACGGUGGGUUAUCGACCGUUAAUGAAACUCCUCUCGAGGGUUCUGGUGAUCUUUUGAAUGGCGGCAUGGGUAAGAAAACCGCUCAAAAGAGGAUCAAAAAGCCAAAAAAGUUCCACCAACUGACGACGACUACAUUGGGGUUUUCGACAACUGCCUCGUCUCCUUUACUGGAUAAUGCGGUUGACAGUAAGAAGGGCAAAGGUUCAUCGAAUCGCACGAAAAAUAAGAAAGCCAUUGUUGCAUCAAGUAUAAAAAGUGGCUCUAGAGCAGCCCAGUCUGCUGGCACGACUCCUGUUACGGCUGACGAUCUACAUCCAGGAAGUGCGAGCAGCAACGAUACUGCUGGUACUAAUGUAGAAAUCUCUCACAAUGCAGCUGCCACGGAUCCCUCGCCGCAAAACGAAUUCGAAGAAGCUCUUGGUCAAAAUGAUCCUACUUUAAGCGGCCCGGCCUACAAUUUCGAAGAGGAAGAUAUUUUCAGCAUUAGCAGCGAUGUUUUAGACAAGUCCAUUCAAUCAAAGAACCCUUCUUCUUCGAAACCAAGCUCGACCCAAUCCCAGAACCAGGCACCCGUUGAAGAGGCUUUCAAUUUGGAUUUUCUUGAUCCAAGCUCGAGCAUGAAUUACACCGAUUUGAACCUGCUGAACUGGCAAUGA